AACGUUUUGUGUACAUGUAUUUACAUUUCAGAACUAUAUACCUUAGCUUCUAAAGCUGCUAAGUAGUUUCUUACAGUGUAGAAUACUCUAGAGCUAGAGCUAAAGCUAAAUCUACAAUGCAGCUAUCACUACGCGUGGUCUCCAUAUUCUGCGGUUUGCUGUCAUGUCAUGGUGCUCUGCAGCCUAACAGUCUGUUCUCGUUUGGACCAGUCCAUGGUGAUACACUGGCCUCACCAAAUGAUGACUUGUCCAGCCCUCCUAUUCACCUGGACAGGGAGAUGCCAUUCUAUAACAAAAUUCAGCGAACAACCCUUUUUGCUAACAAUAACGGCAUUAUCAGCUUUGGGGACACCCUUCAAGAAUGGAAAUCCGAUACUUUUCCUCUCUCUGGCUCAGAAAUGGCAAUAGCGCCAUUCUGGGCUGAUGUAGACACAAGACCUGAUAUUGAUGGCGAAAACUUGUACUUCCGCAAGGAGGAAGGGGCGGAGUUUUUGUCGCUAGCAAAUGAAUUUGUGCACACCGGAUUUAUGGCUCAUAGAGAUUUCCAAGCGACUAAUCUGAUCAUUAUCACCUGGGACAGAGUCGGGUAUUACUUCAGAAAGACAGACAAGCUGAACACGUUCCAGUGUGUACUGAUCACUGAUGGCCGACGCUUGUUCACCCUCUUCCUCUAUAAAGACAUACAAUGGACGACGGGAGAUACCAGUGAAACCAUGGGAACCAACGGCUUAAACGGUGUCCCAGCACAGAUUGGGUUCAAUGCAGGGGACGGUGUUAACUCUUACACGCUGCCUUUGUCACAGACUACUGGUGUUGUGAAUAUUACGAAGACGUCAAAUAUCGGUUUACCCGGUGCGUGGGUGUUUCUGGUGUCCGGUACGAGUGUGGUCAGUGGAGGGUGUGUGGAGAACCAAGAUACUCUACACGCUCAUCCAACCUAUGGCAGUGUACUAGGUGGAGACAUUAUAGCUAUCCAAGGUUGUCUCAGUGGUCAAACCAUCAUGUGUGAAUUUGACGGAGUUCAAACACCAGUUCAAGCCACACCUAUCCGGGACUUUGAGGUCGUGUGUGUGACCCCUCCCCUACAAAGAGUGGGCCAAGUGGUUCUGAGAGUGAUGGUGGAUGGAGUGUCUGCAGGGGAAAUUUCAUUCACAUCUGUGGAUGUGGAACAUUCCCAUACGGUGGACAUCGCCAUCAACACAAACACGCUCUCCUUCACCUCCUACGAUACUCUCACCGUAAACUGGUCUCCCGAGUUGUUUCUCCCUCCAACCCUGUUCCCCACUGCCACGCCCACUAAUUACCGUGUCGAUAUUAUCCUGUACGAGCUUGAUCUCGUGAAUAAUCAAUGGACUGAGAGAACCACGCUAUUGUCCAAUACUGCAAACGACGGUACUGAGACGAUAAAAGUGACGGAGCCUUCUGUGAUGACAUCUGAUAUCGCUCCUGUGGUUAUUAAGGUUGUUCUGGAGCAAAGCUCAAUCUCAAGUUUGACUACUCCUAACCUUUACUCAGUUGCGUCUGACUCAGUGGCGCAAUGGUCUGCCCAGUAUUACUAUGAAGCUCCCGCGGUUGCCAAUAUCAACACCCGCUAUCUUUGUGAGGAUUGGUACAACUCAGAGCCUAACGAAAUAGGCCAAACACUGUUAGAUAUGACACUGCCUUGUCCUCCAAGAAAGGAGCUUGCUCAAUUACCAAAUUCUGGUCUAAAACAAGUGAAAAAAUCGUCAUUUUUGAGAAACACUAACUAUCACUCUCAAUGGAUGGAUUUCUUCCACCCUGGAGCAGAAAGUUGCUUCAAACAAAGGAUGGUUGGAGAAAUGCAACCACAGCAGGAGUGUUGUUAUGCCGAUAGCGGCAGCUUGCUAACAAGUCAUCCAGGAGGUGGGAGGGUUAACAAAGUUUCUGCAGAGAAUGAUCGUGGUUCAAACUAUCUGGAAGAUGAGCGGCCGUACAUCACAUGCUGUACUGGAGUCUCAACAUGUCAGCGAGUGUAUGAGUUGAGGCCUUCAGACAAUGGAACAAGAUAUGACCCACCGCCAGUUGGCUGGGCAAUGGGGGACCCUCACUUUAUCACCCUGGAUGGUCAUCCCUAUACAUUCAAUGCUCACGGAGAGUGCACUCUAGUUCAAGCCAAUAACCACAUGUUCACACUACAAGGCCGGAUGAGGCCACUCGGGUCCUCCCUGGCAACCGUUUUCACGGCCGUAGCGGCAAAAGAAGGCAAUUCCGACCCUGUAAUGAUUGCUGUAGGCUUGUACGGUCUUGAUGUGUUUGUGAAUGGUGCUGAUAUCGACCUGAGCAUAAUAACCGAACAAGAUUUCAAGGAAUUCACUGUAUUUAAUAAUGGUAACAGCACUAUUGGAGUUGAGUUUAAAAGUGGUGCUUAUAUAGAGGUCAAAUCCAAACAAGGUUUUCUAUCACGGAUUGCCGUCUCCUUGCCAACAAGUUAUCGAGAGAACACAAUCGGAUUACUUGGUGUGUACAACGGGAAUGUUGACGACGACCUAAGAACAAGCGAUGAGCAACAACUGUCUCUAACUGCAACCACUCAAGAUAUACACUCUCAAUUUGGACUAACAUGGAUGCUUACAGACUCCAGUGACAGCCUCUUCAACUACCUACCCUACCAAAACUUCUCUGCCUUCUCAAACUCUCAGUUCACCCCGAUAUUCAAUCCCGACACUAGUGCAGUUAGCCCUGAGCUUAUGGCGGUGUGUGCUGGUGACCCGUUCUGUUUGUACGAUGGUCUGGUGACAGGUAACGUUAGUGUAGCGGCCAUUACCAUGGAUAUGGUUACUGAGUCUCGUCGCGUGAGAGAGCUGUCAGUUGGAGUCACCUGUUCCCCACUUUGCGUUAACGGUGCCUGCGUAUCGGACAACGUAUGUGCCUGUAGUCAAGGCUACACUGGGCCUACUUGCAACACCCCUGUCUAUAGCCUGUGCUCGGUCAACCCUUGUGGGCAGGAUGAGAGGUGUGGUUUAUUAGCAGGGUCGCACUAUUGCGGAGACUGUCCUGCUGGAGGGAAUAGCGGCACUCUGCUGUGUCAACUGACCGACACUAGUCCCUGCUCUCCCAACCAGUGUGAUAACGGAGGAGUGUGCUCUCCCAACACCACCAUCACACACACCGGCUUUGUCUGUCUCUGUCCACCCAACUUCAGUGGCAUAGUAUGUGGUCUAGGUGGCGAUUCCCCUUGUACCCCUAACCCCUGUCAGAAUGGUGGUACGUGUACAGAUACUGAUGGGUCCAGUUAUCAGUGCAGCUGCUCCAGUGGCAACUCUGGAGUUAACUGUAGCAGCAGCGGCAGUAUGAACCUGAUAAUCAUUAUCGUAGGUGUGGUAGUUGGAGUGUCUUUAUUGAUUACAAUCAUUUUCAUUCUGUUACUGCUCUCCUGGUUCUUGUCCAAGAAAAGAAAACCAAAACAAAGCACUAGAAAGGGCGAUGAUAUCAUGGACAUGAGACCGAACUCUGUGAUCCUAACAGCUCACCGUCAGUCCACCCCCACACCCACGGGCUCACAGAAGAUUCGUCGCCUCUCACUAUCACGCGAACUAUCCGCCCCAUUGCACAGUGUAAUUCAGACUUCGCCGACAACAGACAGUUCGUCAAUGUCCAUCCACAUGCAACAAAACCAUCGUCACUCAUUGCCACAAAUUCAUCAAGACGGUCUAAAUAGCGUGAACCAUUCGAGUGUUAGUAAUCUACCUAACAGGCGCUCAAGUAGCAACAACUAUAUUCACAGUGGACCCAGAAACAUACAGAAUGGGAAUAGAUACGUACAGAACGGAAGCGGAUAUUUGCACAGUGGAAGUGGUAACGUGCAGAAUGGGAAUGGAUACGUACAGAACGGAAGCGGAUAUUUGCACAGUGGAAGUGGUAACGUGCAGAAUGGGAAUGGAUAUGUACAGAACGGAAGCGGAUAUUUGCACAGUGGAAGUGGUAAUGUGCAGAACGGGAAUGGCAAAAUGCAGCCUCCUAGAGGAACUCAGAGCUCGUUCGGUUACUAUAACUAUUUGAAUCCGUCUGAGAAUCGAUCAAACUAUACGCAGAGCAUGGACUUGAGUCAACAUUCUCAACUUUCAACAACUCAGAACAGACAUUCUCCUAGGAGAACUAGUUUGCAGAUAGGUGCUAGCACACCCGCUGGUUUGCAUGGACGCAGAUUCAGUGCUAUAGAGUCAUCUCAGGCUACUGAGGUUUAAGAUAUCACUUUUUUGGAUUGUAUAAUGCAAUGUAAUGUUUUGUGGUUUUUUUUAUCUAUCCUUAUUAACAAGGAUGUAAAUGAAUUCAUCAUGUA